CUCCAACUCCGAUCUCCACCAUUUCAAGCCGAACCCCAUUCUCCAAAGCCCUCAACCCUUCGCUUCUCUUUAUUCAUCUCUCUGCCUUGCAAUCCUCGAAGAAUCAAUGGUAGAUUCUCUUAAUCUCUGCGCAGCCCAAUUUGCUACUAUCUCAUAGUUUGACUUGUUCUGUUAUUUGAUAAAGAUUCUGGGAAUCUUUUGCAUUUGGGUGUGUUUUUCUUAAGAUUUGUAGCGUACCCAUUUGGUUUACGCGGCAGUUCUCUGAUGGGUUUUGAUUAAAAAAUGGGUUUGAGCUUGAAUUUUUGAGUUCCUGAUACGGGAUAUAAAGAUUGUAGAGGCUCUUUUUGUUAAAUGUCUUUACCCUUGAAACAUACCAGAGAAAUGUAUUUUUCUGUGGCUUGAGAGUGUUGGUUCGAUUCUGGAGACUCAAUGUUUACUGUUCAUUUGAACUGAUUUUGAUAUAGUAAUGGUUGGGAAGGUGGUUUUUGGGUUGGUUGUUUAAUGGGUUUGAUUAGAAAUUUUUUUCGCUAUGGGCACUGAUUUUGUUGAAUCCUGGUGGUAUGGAUGUUUGAGAUGAUGGAUAGUUUCAACAGGACCGCAUCAUUCAACCGCAGGGCAUCGAGUUUUAGUAGCCCAAGAGUUCACCGAAGGAGAUGGGGUCGGCCACCCUUUCUAGUUUUCAUUGGGUUUCUGGUAUUCUGUUUCUUUAAAAUCAUUGCUUCUGGAUACAUAAAUGCCUCACCAGGUUCUAACCAGGGCUUUGAUGGAUAUAGCAUUUCCAAUUUCAAUGGUUCUGUGGGUGUUUGCAAUGUUUUUGAAGGCAAUUGGGUCCAAGAUAAUAGUUACCCAUUGUACAAUGCUUCUGAAUGUCCUUUUGUGGAACAGGGAUUCAAUUGCUUGGGAAAUGGGCGAAUGGACAGAGAUUAUCUUAAAUGGAGGUGGAAGCCCCGGAAUUGUGAUAUUCCAAGGUUUAAUGUGCAGAAUGUAUUGGAACGACUCAGAGGGAAAAGGGUUGUUUUUGUGGGGGAUUCAAUGAGUAGAACACAGUGGGAGUCUUUGAUAUGUUUUCUAAUGACUGGGGUGGAGGAUAAGAAGGGUGUUUAUGAAGUUAAUGGGAAUAACAUAACGAAACGGAUUAGAUUUUUAGGUGUACGGUUCAGUUCAUUUAACUUCACGGUUGAGUUCUUCCGCUCAGUUUUCUUGGUACAGCAUGGCUGGGGUCCCAAAAAUGUACCAAAGAGGGUCAGGUCAACACUUAAAUUGGACAAAUUGGAUAAUAUUAGCAGGGAGUGGAUUAAUUCAGAUGUUCUUAUUUUCAACACAGGACAAUGGUGGGUGCCAGGGAAGCUUUUUGAAACGGGUUGCUAUUUCCAGGUUGGAGGUUCAUUGAGGCUUGGAAUGUCAAUUCCUGCUGCCUUCAGAAUAGCACUGGACACUUGGGCUUCAUGGAUUGAGACCACAAUUGACACCAGAAGAACACAGGUCUUCUUUCGGACAUUUGAGCCAUCACACUGGGGCAAUGAAACUCAUAGACAUUGUAAUGUAACACUGCACCCUAUGUCAGACACCAAAGGGAUGGACAGAAGCCUAUUUUCAGAUACCAUAUUGGAGGUGGUAAAGAAUAUGACUGUUCCUGUGACUGUUCUGCAUGUGACUUCCAUGUCAGCUUUCCGGAGUGAUGCACAUGUGGGUACUUGGAGUGAUGGUCAACCUGUGUCUGAUUGUAGCCACUGGUGUCUGCCUGGAGUUCCUGAUGUGUGGAACGAGAUUUUCCUCUCAUAUAUGCUUACUAACCAUAGACUUUCUCUCAGAUGAAUGGAGCCAUAAAAUUCGAAGAGUGUACACAUUCAGGCACUAGUUUGCACCUUAGCAGACAAGCCGCAACAUCUCGAGUCCACAGGUGUCAGUGGUUUCAGUUCUGAAGGCAGGGUGAUUGAGUACUAUAUGAUGUGGAUUGGCGUUUUCUCUCCACAGAAGCACCCAAGAGUAUUCUGCAGUUCUUGAGCUAGUACCAAAGCAGUAGAGUUUGUAGGGAAAUUGUAGAGUUUGAUGAAAAACAGUUAGUUCUGUGACACAUUUUUUCAUUCAUUCUUUCUUUUUCUUUUUCCUUUUUUUUUCUUUUUUAAAUUUGUUCAUUAUGGUGAAGAGGCUGAAUUGAUGAGAGAAAUGUAGCUAUCUUUUUGUCCAAUUGUGUCUCUGUCCGAGUAUAACAAUGCAAUUUUGGUGCCCCACAGAAGGAAUAAAAUCAAGAUGGAAAUUGAACGUUGUA